CGAGGCAGCUGUACCGGUAGCGCAUACUUGAUGCGAUGGAUGCUGCAAGGUCGAUCGAUGAUUGAACUUACAACUCUGCCUUUUCUUGACCUCCAUUCGGUGAUUCGAUUCGACUGCACCAAAUCAUCCCACCGACUCGGCCCGCGGGCAAUCCAUCCAUCACGCGCAGCUAGGCGAGGCAGGCCGCUAGUCACGAGUUGGUCGAACAGCGAGCGCGUCUUCGCCCAUCAAUCAAGGACUCUUGAACCCGCACUUUGCGAAUCUCGCGAGGCCUUCAUCACGCUCUUUACGCUCAAGCCCCGCAAGACCCUGGAAUCUGCGCUCGCUCGCGAUAAGCGCUUCAAAUCAAGACCCUGCGCGCUGCACCCCCCUCCCUCUGGCUGCUGCUGAUCGCGCAGGUCUGCUGCCCUCUGCGAACACCUCACCACUGCUUCACCGGCAUUCCCCCAUUCCGCCUGCCUGCCAAGCAAAGAGUUGAUACGGAAUGGUGCAGGCUGCCAUGAAUCACGACAUCACCUCGACGACCGGUGAGGCGAGAGCAAAAGCGGAGAUGGACGGCACGCGAGAUGCGACGCUUUUCGUUGCAGGCUUCGAGGGGUCGAGAGACGAGCACGCUGCGCAUACCAAGCCGGUCUUGGCAGACGAGGAUGAGCACGACGGUCCAAGCAUCACGAAAAGUCCUGUAGCGAAUGGGGAACAUCGAGCGCGAGAGACGGCCAACGUGGCAGUGGAUGAGGAGGAUACUUUGGAUGGCGUCGCUGCAGCGGACGAGCUGCACGGCGACCCUCUCGACGGGCAGGCUCUUCCUGACAACCGUGUAGCGAAUGCGAUGCAAACCUCGCCCUUGGAGGAUGGCACAGAGGAGUGUGCCUCAAACUCCGAGGGGCAUACACACGAGGCAUCGGAGCGCGCUGCCCAAGUCGAUGUGCAAGUCGCAAAUGUUGCAGCUCCCCAGCAGCUGAGGAAUAGGAAUAGCGGAGCGGAGCUGCAGGGCAAUACGUCUGGCUCGCAAGGGGCAUCCGAAGAUGGGGGCAGAGCAGCUUCGACAGCUCAAGUCUUGCAGAGUGCAGCUGGCCAAGUCAGCUCAUCGUCAGACAGCAGCAAGUCUCAGAGCGUAGACUCGUCUCACAAGCGAAUGGAAUCCGUCGUUCCUCAAAGAUACGAUUUGCCCGAGUUGUCGCCCUUCUCGAUGCAAGCAGCCAGCGGCAGCGGCAGCGGUAGGAGCUUCAGGCGAUCUUCCUUGGUAGACCUUCCUGGUGAGGGUGCUGACUCUCUAGCUGCAGAGGCAGAAGCGCAAUACGCGUCCGUCCCAUCUCCUACCUUUUCCUCUGCUAGCUAUACGUACGCAGAUGGCAGACCUCUAAGGCCCGUCUCUGGGCAGAGAUCGAGGAGCAUCAGGAACGCGGCAGGAGAAGCGAGACCUCGGAGCCGCACGUAUUCAGAAGAUGUGGAACCUGUUGGAUUUGUAGAUGUUGCGCUGGAAAGUCCUGCACCUGGAAGCGCGCUUGGAUCGGCAAGUCACGAUCAGCACAUGAUGCGGUCCCCAUACGGAGCAGGCGUAGCCUUUGGCAGUCGAUCCAGCGUCGAGAUAAGGCAAGACUCUAUAGCUAGUGGGAGUUCGGCAGCUCAAAGAGUUGCCGCGGCUGCAGCGCAUCGAGAUAGGAUGCUGAAGAGAGCAAUGAGCCAGGAAGGAGGGACGAGUCAAAGCAAUAGCGAGAAUGGCUCUCUGAGCUUGCGCUCCUCUUUUGCUUCGGGUCGCAGUGCCCCUGCUACCGGCAAUGAAGAAUCGAGAAACUCGUCGGAAAGCGUGAGGAGCUCUGCGACGGAUCGCAAAAUGGCGGGAGAGGGAAGGUAUAUGGGCAGAAGAAGCAGACCCAGCUCCAGAGCUGUGACCCCCACAGAGAUGGAGAAUGCAGCGGAUCGUUACAGCUCAUCAUCACGUGGCGCUAGCCCUGUCCCUACGCAGCGAGGCUCUGCGACUUUCGACAGCUCGUUGGAUCGAUCAUCUGCUGCGGCUGCGGGAUUGGGUCAUAGCUCAACCAAACCAGGCAUCUCCAUGAUGGUCGCAGGCGAGGAUGGCGAGAUUUUGGAAUACGUGGCAGAGGAUCACCACGCGAGUGCUUCGAGAAAGUCCGACGAGGAUCAGACGCGGCUUUCAGAAGUUUCGGCUAUCCAAAUGACUGCGAUUUCGUUGGAAGAAGAGCAGAAUGAGCGCAAAGAAGCGUCGGCAAGAAUAGAGCCUCGGUCGGCUGGGAGUCCUACGAUGCAGACGGCAUCGCCAACCGGGCCUGACCAGGAUCCCUCCGCAGUCGAGCGCAGGGAAGGCAGUUCGACUUCGUCCAGCGAAGACCCCACGUCCACCUCUGCUACUUCUGCUCCUGCUUCUGAAGUGGCUACCGCAUCCACCGAGAUCGAUCGUGCGCCAGGUCUGAGGGACAUCGCGGACUCUGAACCAGGCAAGAAAAAUCGAAGAAAGUCAAACGGACCAAGUGCGCUUGAGCAGUACAUGUCUCGGACCCGUAUGACCACCUUGCCGCCUAAAGAGCGCACAGAGGACGCAAAGCACCUGUCCGAUUUCGAGCAAAUGAUGCGAUCCUACAAACAGGCCGAAAAGAAGAAGUUGGAAGAGAAUGAAGAGCGCAAGCGUCAAAAAGAUGCUGAGCUAGCUAGCGCCCAAGCGGUUUGGACGCAGGAAAUCCUACCAUCCUGGACCAGGGCGCGACGAGAAAAUAGGCUCAGAGCGAUCUGGUGGAAAGGCGCUCCGCCGAAUUUGAGAGGCAGAAUUUGGGCCUUGGCAUGCGGGAAUGCGCAAAUGCUGCCCAGAAACUUGUUCCAAGGCGCCUCGGCUGAAGCUCAAAAGGCGAUCAAGGAAGGCAGGUUUCCCAAGGCGGAUGCACAAGCCAUCGAAGCUGAUAUCGCCAACACACUACCGAGCUUGAAGCUGUUCCAGCGAGAUGUGGGGCCUCUGUACGACGAUUUGAGAGAUGUGUUGCAAGCAUACGUCAUGGUGCGACUCGAUCAGCUUCGAGCGACGGCCGCUGUAUCUUUGUCCGUCAGCGCACCCCUUCCUUUAGCCUACCAAGCCGGCGCAUCAUCCUUGGCCGCCAUGCUCUUGUCAAACUUGUCGCCGACAGAGACGUUGGUUGCGCUGCUCAAUUUGCUGGCUGAAAGGCCUUGGUUGAGAGCUCUUUAUACGCCCAUACCUAGUGGACCUGCACCCUCUGCGAGCCAUAUGCAUUCCCAGACUCCUAUCACGCCAUCCUUCAGACAAGAUGCAGCUGCUGGCUUUGAACGCGUCUUUGACACUCUGCUCGCUGACCAAAUGCCGAAAGUCUACGCGAAUAUGCAAGCACGCGGCGUCAGGCCGAGCGCAUACGUGCGAGAUUGGGCUCGCACCCUCUUUGUUCCAUUCUUGCCUUUUGAUGCGGUGGCCCGACUAUGGGACUGCAUCUUGCUGGAGGAGGGCGAUGCGCUCAUUUUUCGAAUUGGUCUAGCUAUCGUCAAGCUGCUCUCUGCGAGACUAUACGUCCCGGACAAGACAGAGCUCACGAGCAUUCUUCGAGGAAAUAAUGCGGCUGCGUUACGAGUCUACUACCGUGAUGCUGCCUUAUCAUCGCCCGGAGGUCUCUCUUCCGUCAUGCCCUCGAGUGCAACUUCAGCGCACCUCUCGCUCGCCGUGGAUGGUGUGAGCGAAUAUCAGACCGCACAGCUGCCAACUACACCCAGCACGGCAGGGAGCACAGCGAUGCUGAGUCCAGCAUCCACUUUGGCCCCCUCGAGCGCCGGAAGCACGGUGAUUGCGGACGCUUCGUGGGUGCCGCGGGACAACAUCUACGCGCAGUACGGUAUCAACGAAGAGAUGCUCUUUCAAGCGCUGGAAGAGCAAGACGAGUGGUGGAGGGAUAGCACGCUGGAAAGAUUGUUGGAUCGCGAACUUGGUUAGG